UUAUUGGUUUAUUUUCAAUUAUUUUUAUUGAUUGUGAUUCAUAAAAUAUGAUUUUGAAACUCAAAAGGACCAGUCCUAUAACUAGUUAGAGAAGUGGUUUGAAAAGUACUUCACUUGUGUUUAGGCUUUCGAGAAGGUAAUACGUGCGUAAGAAAAUUAAGUAUAUUAAGUGCAACUAAGUGCCAUUUUAGAAGGAUAAUUGAUUAUGGUACUUACGAUUUUAUAAUCAUUGGUGCAGGAGCAAGUGGCACAGUACUAGCAAAUAGGUUAUCUGAAAUAACAUCAUGGAAAAUUCUUUUAAUAGAAGCUGGAGACUUUUCUGAUGGAGGUUUGAUAAGCAUUCCAGCUUAUUAUGACUACCAUUCCAAAACUAAAUACAACUGGGCUUAUAUGUCUGUUCCUCAAAAAAACGCGUGUCUUGGCAAUCGCAACAAAUCGUGUUCCAUAAAUUCUGGAAAAGGUGUGGGAGGUGGAACUCUGAUAAAUGGAUACGUCUAUUGUCGUGGUUCACGCGAACAAUAUAAUAAAUUGGCUAAAGCGAUCGAUGAUCCAUCUUGGAACUAUGAUAAUUUACUGCGGUACUUUAAAAAAACUGAAUAUUUCCAUCGAACCAAACCUGAUAUACCGAUAAAUAUAUCUUAUCACGGACAAGAUGGUUUAUUAAAUGUUCAAAAUGGGAUCUUCAAUGAAAAAUUCGGCAAACCAUUUUUUGAAGCUAACAAGGAACUGGGGUAUUCUACAAUCGAUUACAAUGGACCAAAUAUGAUCGGCACUUCUAUUAUUCAACAAUUUAUUAAAUUUGGUAAAAGGGAGGAUUUUGGAAAUGUAUUUAUAACUCCUUUUCUAGGAAGGUCUAGCUUAGAAGUUACUACAAGAAGUUAUGUCAUAAAAAUUGAGAUUAAUAACGUAACCAAAACAGCCGAAAGUGUUUUGUUUAGUAAAAAUGGAAGAAUUUAUCGAGCGAAAGCUUCAAAAGAGAUUCUAUUAUCAGGCGGAACUAUAGCCAGUCCUAAAAUUCUCAUGCUUUCGGGAAUAGGACCAAAAAAUCAUUUAGAAGCUUUGGGCAUUGAAGUGAUUCAAAAUUUAGAGGUAGGAAGUCAAUAUAAAGAUCACAUUAUUGUGAUUCUGCCAUUUUCUACCAACAUUACAUUACGAGAGAAGCCUUUCUCUGUAAAAUUAGAUAAUUACUUACGAGGUUACGGUGAGCUAACAUCCGUGACUUAUUCUCAAAAUGUAGGCUUUUUCCAAAUAAAUAGAAAUAUCAGUAAUAUACCAGAUUUUGAAGUAUUUUCGUAUGUUGCUCAAAACGUAACAGCGACAAUGCAACCAAAUGCUCCAACUUUUCAAAACAUAAAUAUUUACAAUAUAUUAUCGUAUUUUGGCUCGAAAUCAACAGGUUCGCUCCGAUUAAAAAGCAAUAAUCCGUAUGAUUACCCACUAAUAGACCCUAAUUUACUUUCCGACACUAAUAACGAGGAUAUGGAAGGAUUGUACCACAGUUUAAAAUACAUUAUUAAACUUAUGGAUACUAAACCGUACAAACAGUACAAGGUAAAACUUUCAGAUGAUUGUCCUCCGGAAUGUGCAGUUUACCAAUAUAAUUCCAAAGAUUACUGGCAAUGCUAUUUGAAACAACGUAGUACAAAUGGACUGCAUAUGACAGGUACAUGUGCUAUGGGAACGGAUCCAACGAAAGAGGCAGUUGUCGAUACAAAUUUGAAAGUUUUCGGAAUAAAAAACCUAAGAGUUGUCGAUGCCAGUAUUUUCCCCGAACCUAUAGUAGGACAUCUGACCAUUCCAUGUGCAAUGGUGGCAGAAAAAAUCAGUGAUGUGAUUAAAAUUGAUUAUGGACAAACUGUAUACGUAAGCUAAAUAUUAUAAAAACAUAUUUUGUA